AGCAACUCUACCAUCUCCUUAUUUCAAAGAUCUAUCUUUUUUAUCUCCCUAAUUUCCACUUCUUGAAAGCCAAAAAAAAAAAGGAAAAAAGAAAAAUAGAGAAAUUAUAAUAAAGGUGGAGAAAUUGAAGAGGAGAGGAAGAUGAAGAAGGUGGAAAGUGCAGAGGAUCACGAGGCGCCGGAGCAAAUAUCCGAGGCGGUGAAGGAGGAGGAGGAGGAGGAGGACGGAAUGCUCCCAGGAUUCAGAUUCCACCCCACCGACGAGGAGCUCGUCGGGUUCUACCUCCGGCGGAAGGUGGAAAAGAAGCGGCUCAGUAUUGAGAUCAUCAAGGAGAUGGAUAUCUACAAGCACGAGCCUUGGGAUUUGCCGAAGAUGAUGACGACGGCAGGGGAAAAGGAGUGGUACUUCUUCUGCCGGCGAGGGAGGAAGUACAGGAACAGCGUCCGGCCAAACAGGGUCACCGGAUGCGGGUUCUGGAAGGCCACCGGAAUCGACCGGCCCAUCCACUCCUCCGGCCACUGCAUCGGCCUCAAGAAGUCACUCGUUUACUACCGCGGCCACGCCGGGAAGGGCACCAAGUCCGACUGGAUGAUGCACGAGUUCCGCCUUCCUGUCGGCAGCAAAUCCGACUCCGGCUGCUCCUCUGCCGCCGCCGCGUCCAAGAACGGCGCCGCUAGCAUGCAAGAAGCUGAGGUGUGGACGAUCUGCAGAAUCUUCCAGCGGAGCGCUUCGUACAAAAAGCAACCGAACAGCUACAAGACCUCGACGCCGACGAAGUCGCCGCCGGAGUCCAGCAGCGUCACCAACUGCUUCGACCCGGACGAGUUCAUGUGCUGCAGCUCCUCCGGCGGCGGCGGAGGCGACGGCGACGGCUCCCCAGUAGGGGAUCUGCCGCAGGCCGAGGAUUACUACCAAGAGAACAGCCAGUUGGCGGGGCACAAGCUGGACGUCGCCGGCCAGUCCUCGGCGGAUCAAUCUCCCCCGCUCUGCUCGAGCUUGCAGCAGAAGAGCCCGAGCUCGAACGACUUCGAGAGAGACAUCAUCUGGGAGGAGCUCGGAAGGAUCGAGGAGUUCUUGGCGGAUGAAAACUUUUCCUUGGAUAGCAAUAUUCGCGGAUAUUCACACGCCGUAUAUUAUUGCGGUAGUUGAUGGAAGCUGAAAGCAUUUAGAUCUCGCCAUUAAUGUAAUUAAUAUGGUGGACAAGUUGUCAUCCUGCUCACCGAAGUUGAGCGUUAUCUCUUUAGCUGUAAACAAAUGUCAUGUCAAUUCGUCGUAA